GGAAAAGAUGGAGAAGUUUCACAUACACGCAACAAGUACGUGUACAUACAUAUGUGUAAUAUAUAACUCUGUAUCUACAUGCCCUAAAACCCUUUCGAUCUUCCUUUGAUUUCCAAAUCAUUUCAUUUCAUUUCUUCUGAUGACAAUCAUCAUAAUCAUAUGAGCAAUCACAACACAAUUAUUCAAUCUCGAUUCAUCCGAUUUUGCUAUUUCUUCAAUUAUUUCAAUCAUUGAUCCGAUUCGAAUCUUUUCGUAAACAAAUCAUGGAAGAAAAAGGUCAACAGGUGAAAGAUCGAGUCUCUCCUGCUUCAGUUUCACCUUUGCCGUUACACACUGGUGAUGGGCUGGUGUCUGAUAACUACAUGGAUAAGCCGCUUUCGCCUAAAAAUGAAAGGAUUGUUUCUCCAAAUCCGUCUCCGGAUGCAGCCAUCAUAAGAAACAUGUCCAAUCAAUCAGAAACAUUGAAUGCAAGUGGAGCUCAGAACCCCGUAAAUCAAUCGAAUAUUUUUACAUCUCAAGAACAAACCUACUUUUAUGGAGGAUCAGGUUACGAUGAUGGCUCGGCUACAUGGGGAGACUAUUCGAACUACGUUCAUGCUAAUAACUUACAAGUUAUGCCUUCGGCUAUGUACAAUGAUAACGCAUCACUAUUAUUUCACCCUGCUUACGGGUUCGACGCCCAGGUGGCAUACGGCCAAUUUUCGCCGGUUGCUAGUCCACUAUCUCCAAUAAUGAUAGACGGUCAGCUGUUUUCACCACAUCAAGUUCCAAUGUCUCCAAAUUACUUCUCACAGCCCGUAUCUCCUCAUGUUACAUCUGCUCUUCCUACCGAUCUCGCCACAUCAGCAACGAGUGGCCAAGAGGCUCUGUCGGAAAAUGUUUUUAUGGGUCCUGGAUCCGGUUAUUAUUUGCAAUAUGGAGGAAAUAGUAACCUUGGAUUCUACAAAUAUCCUGGGGACAUCGGGUCUGCUGAGUCAGCACCGAAUCGAUCGAUGACCUCAGACGCAGGUAGCUAUGCGUCUCCGUUGACAUCAGCAGCCUUAUACCCUGCACCGGUUGGCGCACUUGGCUCGUAUGAACACAUAUUUAGUCAGAUUCCACAGCAGCAGACAGCAUAUGGAUACGGGUCGAUAUCUGGUUCCUCCACAAGACGGUACCCGCAGAGUGGAUCUUAUCGAGGGUAUAAUAGUAAUUCUCUUUUCCACGGGGAAGCUAGUCGAUUGAAUAAUCGUUUUGUGCCCGAAAAAGGCGGGAGAAACCGGGAUCGCGAUGCGAUUAACAUGAUUAGUGAACCACAUGGUACUACCGGUGACCGUAACAGAGGACCAAGGGCAUCAAAGCCAAAAGGAAAUAAUAACAGUUCCGCUGAUGGUAUAAACGAGGUUUCGUCUACGCUUGAUAUCGAGCAAUACAACCGGUCUGAUUUUGUUACGACCUAUGACAAUGCUAAAUUCUUUGUGAUAAAGUCUUUCAGUGAAGACAAUGUUCACAAAAGUAUUAAGUAUAAUGUCUGGGCUAGUACCCCGCUCGGAAACCGAAAAUUAGAUGCUGCUUAUCAAGAAGCAAAGGAAUCCGGUGCCACCUGUCCCGUCUUCCUCUUCUUCUCGGUAAACGCGAGUGGACAGUUCUGUGGGGUGGCGGAAAUGGUGGGACCCGUAGAUUUUGUGAACGAUGCGGAAUAUUGGCAACAGGACAGGUGGAGCGGUCAAUUUCGUGUUAAGUGGCACAUCAUUAAGGAUGUCCCCAACAGUCGAUUCCGACAUAUACUUCUCGAAAAUAACGACAACAAACCUGUCACACAUAGCAGGGAUUCACAAGAGGUGAAACUAGAAGCCGGUAAUGCAAUGUUGAAAAUUUUUAAAGACCAUGAUGCGGAUACGUCGAUUUUAGAUGAUUUCGGUUUCUACGACGAGAGAGAGAAGGAUUUGCAGGAAAAGAGGGCUAAAGAGCGGGAUUUCACUAAAAAUGUAUCCGCCACUUCGAACGAUACUUCGAUAAAUCAACUUGCUGAUAAAGUUGCAGAGUCCCUACAUGUCGAAGAACAUAGGGAAAUACAGUAAAUAUUUAUAGUAAGUUUGGGUGCAAACUGCAAAGUGGAAUAUGUGAAUCCUGACAUCAGUUUCUGAGGCGGUUUCCGGACGCGUAAAAUGGAAACCGCUUGUCUUUAGUAUUAUGAUAAGGCUGUAGCAUGGGAGUUGACUGUUUGACUUUGGGCGAGUUUCUGUUCGUUCACCCCUUCUUGUUUGUAGAGAUUGGUGGUGGUGACAGGUGGAGUUGAGGCUAUGCCUGAAGAUGUUUUUAUUUGUAGUUGUGAAGUUUUUUUUUUUUUUU